AUGCGCGUUACUGCUCGCCCAGACGUUUAUGUUCUUGGUAUGUGGACCCACUUCACGAAAGCCAAUUUGACUGUUCACCCUCAGGAAGAUGAAGAAAGACUGGUGCGAGAACAAGUGAAGGAAGAGGAGUUAAGGAAAAAACUACUAUGGAAGCAAGCGUUCACUGAAAUCGACCAGGAAAAACUGAACAAGAAGAAGGACAAAGAACAGUUGAUGCAGCAACUCGCAGCCGUAGACGAAUCCAGAGCAGGCGAAGUAAUCGAAAAUUUCAAGAAAGCCAAGAGGCAGAAGACACAACGUGCGGCACAAGUCAAAGCUGCGCAACCCAAGACAUACGCUGUCAAGCCGCGAGCAGCGAUCCCCCAGGCGCGGCUACAACCGUAUAUGUAUGCGCCAACUCCACAAGCGACUUUCCGUGCAAGAGAAGGUCACAUCUAUCAAUUCAAAACCCUGGAGGAUGCUAUACAGAGUCCCAGUAUCGGUGAGAAAGUGGUUACCCGGCCGUCCAUGCCCGGACCAUCACUUGCUGGUGGUCAUCUCAACUCCUAUGUCGCUGCGAGGGGUCUACAAGAAGCGUAUAGCUGCUUAUCUUUCUGAAAAUUGCAGCGAAUCCCAUCGUAGAAUUGGCACCUGAGAAGAAGUACGACUUGAAUUGGCGUACUGAGUCGGUAGUAGGGGCCGCAAGCCAAAACACGGCUAUGACUGAAACUUAUCAGCUAUCCCUGGGCACCAACAUUCUGCCUGUGCCAGGGUAGGUUUAAACCGGAUGUCUUCUAUCGACGAGUACACGGAUCACAAUCCUGAGAAGUUUAAAUGCUUGAUCGCCGGAUUAAAUCAACUGUCGCGUGUCGCGCAUUGAGUAUAUGCCACUGCGCAUCUUCACAAUCUGUCGCAGCCGUGUCAAGAAUAUAAUUGCCUACUGCAAAGAUAUUUGGAUCGCUGACCAGUUUUUGACCGGAAGAAUACCUUUCCAUUUCGAAUGCAUGGAAAGAUAGUUUUGAAGUUCAUCCUCUGGAUUAUGCUCAGAAAGUCCGGCAAGUAUAUGAUCAAACUCCAUAUGUCAAUGGAAAGCUACAUCCCAA